AUGUCGAAAAAAAAUAUUGUGUUCGUUACCGGCAACGUGAAAAAGUUGGAAGAAGUGAUGCAAAUGUUUAAAAACUUUUACAAAGAUUCCGUUCCUUUUGACUUGUCUAAUAAGAACAUCGACUUGCCUGAACAUCAAGGGGAGCGGGACGAAAUAUGCAAAAUGAAAGCGCAGGCGGCUUUUGAAAUUAUAAAGGGUCCUUGUAUUGUAGAAGAUACUAGUCUGUGCUUCAAUGCUAUCGGUGGCCUACCAGGUCCAUAUAUCAAAUGGUUUCUAAAAGCAACCGGUCCUAUAGGUUUAUAUCGUAUGCUCAAAGGAUUUGAAGAUAAAACCGCUAUGGCUGUAUGUACCGUUGCUUAUGUUAAUGAACAGGGUGAAGUGAAUAUUUUUAGUGGUGAAACUUAUGGUACGAUUAUAGAGCCAACCGCAGUUGAAACUUUUGGUUGGGACUCUUGUUUUAAGCCAGAUGGAUAUGAGAUAACAUAUGCAGAAAUGCCUAAAGAAGAAAAGAACCUAAUAUCACAUAGGAUGAAGGCAAUGUAUAAAUUAAAAGAGUUUCUCGACCAAAAUGUAAUUGUAUGA